GACCGCUCUCUGGCUUUCAGUGCGGUUCCGAUCUAGGCGGAGAGAACGACCCAGUAGCGGGUUUCGUUCUGGGGGAGGGACUGCUAUUUCUAUUUAUUCUAGUACUCUUGUCUAAUGGAUAAACUCUUUGUAAAUGCUUGUUCAGACUCAUCGCUGUAGGACAUCACACUCUGACUACUCGGCAGGCCCUGGCCUUGAGUCUUAUCUAAAGGGGUUUAACUUCACUGGUGAUCCACCUUGGAUACUCUGCACCUGAGUAAUAACAACACUAAAUUCCAUCUAUUUUUCUAUCCAUUUUUCUUGAGACCAGCCUAAAGGAUUUUUUACAACAAUGAACAUGCCCAGUUCCACAGAGUUUGAUUUCUCAUUUUUGGAGGAGGGUUUCUCUGCCCGGGAUACCGUGGAGCAGAAGAUCAAUGAGUCUUCUAUGACCGAUGACAGGGAUGCCUUCUAUGUCUGUGACUUGGGAGAUGUGGUGAAGAAGCACUUGCGCUGGUCAAGAGCCUUAUCACGCAUCACUCCUUUCUAUGCCGUCAAGUGUAAUGACAGCCGGGCUGUUGUCAUGACUCUGGCUUCUCUUGGAACUGGCUUUGAUUGUGCAAGCAAGGUUGAGAUUCAACUGGUACAGUCUCUGGGAGUGGAUCCAAGCAGAAUCAUCUAUGCAAACCCCUGUAAGCAGGUUUCUCAGAUAAAAUAUGCAUCUGCUCAUGGAGUCCAGAUGAUGACCUUUGACAGUGAGGUGGAACUAAUGAAGGUUGCCCGCUGUCAUGACAAUGCCAAGCUGGUGUUGCGUAUAGCCACAGAUGACUCGAAGGCAGUGUGUCGCCUGAGUGUUAAAUUUGGGGCCGCACUGAAGGCUUGUCGAGGUCUUCUUGAACGAGCAAAGGAACUGGAGCUGGAUGUGAUUGGUGUCUGCUUUCAUGUUGGCAGCGGCUGCACUGAUCCACAGACCUACCAUCAGGCUAUUGCUGAUGCCCGCUGUGUCUUUGAUAUGGGGAAUGAGCUGGGCUUCAACAUGAACCUUCUGGACAUUGGAGGAGGUUUUCCAGGUUCAGACAAUACACAACUCAAAUUUGAAGAGAUCACAGCUGUUAUUAACCCAGCCCUGGACAAGUAUUUCCCAGCUGACAGCGGUGUGAGGGUUAUUGCUGAGCCAGGACGCUUUUACGUUGCCUCGGCUUACACACUGGUAGUCAACAUCAUUGCCAAGAAGGUCAUCGUGGACAAUGAGUCUGCCUGUGAUGAAGAAGAUGAUGAGAUUACUGACAGAACCCUGAUGUAUUACAUCAAUGAUGGCGUGUACGGAUCUUUUAACUGUAUCCUAUAUGACCAUGCUCACUGUAUGCCAAUAUUACCCAAGAAGCCCAAGUCAGAUGAAUCCAUGUACACAUGCAGCAUCUGGGGCCCAACGUGUGACGGCCUGGACCGCAUUGUUGAGCAGUGUAGCCUGCCUGACCUGCAAGUGGGCGACUGGCUGGUCUUUGAGAACAUGGGUGCCUACACCGUGGCCGCCUCUUCCACCUUCAAUGGCUUCCAAAGGCCUGACAUUUAUUACGUCAUGUCCCGCUCCGCCUGGCAACAGGUGCAGCAGAUCUGUUGUCAGGGUGUGCCGGCUCCUACAGAGGAGGGCUGCGUGUUUGGAGUGGUGGCCAACUGUGGUAGAGAGAGUGGCUUGGAGGUGCCCACCGAGCCCUGCCAGACCAGUGUGCUUUAAACCACAACAUUCUUUCUUCUUUUUUUUUUUUUUCUUUUUUUUUUUUUUACCCAAAGGUUAGUUAACUUUAAGGCCAGUUACUUGACAGGAGAAUGAGGGGCACAAAUGUCUGUUCUGUAUCAAAUGCUGGGGAUCAGUUCUCACUGACUGGAGGCUAAAUCACACUCUGACCCUCUCUGUGGGUUCCAGGCACACGCUGUGCUCCAACUCAACCUGUUGCUGAGGUCUUCCUACUGUAGCUCAGCAGGAGUGGCUGCAUUUACUUAAUGCAUGGCAAUUGUUUAACUGGAACAGCACAGUGAGAAACUUGGUGCAAAAUAAAUAUACCUGCUUUAGCAUUUCUCCUCACUCUCAUAUUAAAAAAAACCAAAAAUGCAACAGUAGAUGAUUGGUCCAUGUGCUGUACAGGACUGUAACAGCAGCAGAGGUUUGUUGCCUGUCAAAACCCAGUUAACAGCUGAACUCAUGUCUAUUAACUCACAAAGAGGUGGUGGAGGGUUGUUUAUUUAUUUAUUUUUUUAAUCAAGAGUGGCUGCUAUUUACAUAUUUAUUUAUCUUUACAUCUGAUCUCCACUUCUGUGCAGAAUCUUUAAGUGUUAAUCCACAAGAUGCUGUGUUAUGACUGUUUAUCAGCAGUAGCCAUUGACUUUUCUGGUCUCAGUGGUUUUCUGCUGAUAUUGGCAAUGAGAAUUAUUUCCAAAAAUGUGACUAAAUGGCCGCGUCUCUGGUAAUGUCUAAACGUGUACAAGUACUCACAUGGCUGUAGAAUCGGCAACAACGUGAGACUGAUGUAACUAGUCAUUUUAAUGAGUGUUGGCUUGUUUCCGUUCCUGCAGCUGGCAACACAUUCACCCAAAAAAUCUUCCAGAUUAACAUUUAAAGAGAAAAUUUAGGGACUUGAGACUGAUUGCGCCUCUUCUCCAUAUUUUUCUUUCAUUGUUUUUGUAACUUGUAGGAGGAUGUUGGUCUGUUAAUGAUAUUACUGGGAAAGGUGUGAAAGAGAUGGGAUUGCAAAUUCUUUAUGCUUUCCUAUGGAAAUUUUUUUUUUUUUUUUUUUUUUUUAAAUAAAGUAUUGAAGCAUAAGC